AUGAAGUGGCCUCUGCAGCUGCUGGCGAUGGUGCUGGCAGGACAGGCCUUAAUGGUCCUCGCCGCACGCCGCAGCUUGUGCAGUUGCGACUGUUGCGAGACCGCGGCCAGCCGCGAACAAGACUUCCCAGGAGGUAUGCAGUGCAGUUUCGCUCAGCCCAAAGUCACAACCGCACCGAGGUGUGACAGCCUUUGUGCCAAGCAUGCAGAUGACGCCACAAUCGAGUCAGCCCAGAGCCUCUUGGACACCGAGCGAUUCUGCUUUGUGGAGUGCGUGCCGGGCAACGAAGACCUCCGAGCGGGGGACACCUGCAGACCUAUGUCUUUCGAGGAGAGGAAGUCCUCACGUGGAGAAGGUAACAUUCGUUUACCGAAGCCCAGUGCCGUUCAGCACUUGAGGAAGAAGUCUUGGCAGACCGUCUUGGCUCGGGAGCCAAAGAAACCCGAAGCUCCCAAGGCAUGGGCCUCCCUGGAAGCCUCGGACAUGGAGAAGGCCUUGAAAGACGGGAAGAAGGCAGCCACCAAGGCCAUGGAAGAAGCGAAGGCCGUCCAGCAAGCCAGCUACGCAGGCUUUUCCGUGGUGUCGAAAGCAGCCCGGGCAGAGGAAGAUGCCCGGAAAGCGGCGGUCAUGGCGAUGAACACCGAAGAGAAGGUUCGAAAAGUGCUAGACAUGGCAAAGAUAGAAGCGCAUGCAGAAGCCUUUGGGGUACUCAAGGAGGUCUUGCCCCCUAUGCAACAGGCAGCUAGAGCUGCCGCAAAGGCCAAUGCCAUGGCGGGGCCAGGGUCCGAGUCCGAGGAGGCCCAAAAAAGGCAGGUCUUGGCAACCUCCAAGGCUGCUGCAGAUGGCAUGAAGCCAUGGUCCGAUGCCAUGCAGAAUGCCGUGAAAGUGCGGGAUGCUUAUGCCUCUCGAGGCAAGGAGUUGGCCGAGGCAUCCUUGGCAGCGGAGCGCAAUGCGCAGUACCUUGAGAAGGAAUCCCGCGCGUGGCAGACUGUGCAGACUCCGCAGGCAGAGCGGAAGGCCAGCAAUCUGCACUCCAAAGCCCAAGAGUUCAUGGCCACGGCUUCAGAGAAUGACGAGCGGGCCAACAAGUACUUUGACAUUGCGAGGUCCAUUGAUGGUAGCCUGCCAUCGUAUUCGCAGCAGGCAGAACAGGCUGGGCUCCUAUGGCCACGGGGAGGGGUGCCCGCACGCUUCGGUGCCAUGCCAAGCUCGCUGAAAGCACGGGCGGGGAAGCCCUCCGUGGCUGAGAUGAAGGCCCAGCUCUCAGGCUUGCGGAAACCGGCCGCGAGCACCAUGGAGGCAUUAUACACCAAGUACCACCAGAUCUGCACGUCACAGGAUCCACCAUUGCAGGAAGUUCACGUUAACGAGCCGGACAUGAACUGGAAAGCCCUUAUUUUGAGUCUGCCCUCCCCCGACAAUGAGAAGGUGCUGGGCUGCGGAGUGCGACGGAUGCUGUUGAAGCGAGCAGAUUGCGUCUAUGACGGCAUCUACCGCUUCCAUGUCGAAAGGCGGGACCUGAGCCAGAUGAUGUUCGAUUUCCGAGAUGCUUACGAUGACCCUUACCAUCACUACAAGGACAAGUCGUUCGAGCAUGAUGUGGACACAGCCCUGCGUGCUGCCAUUCUCCCACACCUGGUGCAGUUCAAGGAAUUACAUUGCAAGGACAGCCAGAUGGAGCUGGUUAGCCACAUCUCUGGCACUGCACUUCCAUGGGAGAAGGCUGUUGUGCAGCACUUCCCGGUCACGUUCAGGGUGCUGCUGGAUUCAUUCAUGAACGAGAACCAGAUUGCACUUGAGAACAUCAAGCUGGAGUUCUGCGAGGACCACGGCUACAAGAUCAAGGACCCCGAACUCUUGGACAGGUGGCGUCUGUUCCACAGAAGCCACGCGCAGUAUCGAAUCAUUUCCACAGAUGAAGCCAUGGAGCAGGUCGCGCAUGUUCUGAAAGAGGUGGUCGAAGAGCGCAAGUCGAAGGCCAACUUGCAGGCCUUCAUGCUGAUUUGUGUUGCUCGACACUCGUUCACAGGUGAUGGCAUGACCAAAGGUGCUAUAUGCAUCGGGCAAGACAUCACUGAGAUGAAGGAGUUGGAUGUUAAGAAGUCCAACAUGGCUGCUGCCGUGACGCACGAGCUCAGAUCGCCCUUGCACGGCAUCAUCGGGCUGUCAGAGCAGCUGAUCGGCACUGCAGGCGAUGGCAUCCGAAAGAAGCAGCUCACCCUGCCGAGGCGCAGCAUGCAGUGGCACGGCAUAAGGAGAUUGCGAGAAGUGUACUUGAGGCCUUCCGCCAAGCCGCAACAGACGCAGGAGUUCACACCUGUCGCAGUCGCUCAGGUGACGGCGCCGAAUGACGCCGUAUUCAAGACUGAUGCUUCUCGCACCACUUUCGUUGAAGCGGUCGAGUCCGAGGCCCUUUCCAGGGCGCAAGCUGCUGCUCAGAAGGAGAAGAGCGAAAGGCAAGCCUGGCGGUGCUUUUCAGCUCGAUCUUUCCGAGGACGUGCCAAAGAGCUGGCCUCUUCACCCUCGCUUGGACACUUCAUCCUCAUCUUAAUCUCGAUAAACCUCGUUUGUCUCGGUGUUGAGGUAGACCUGGGCACGACUCACGGCCAAUUAGACAUGCCGGAGUGGUUCAACUGGUUCAACUUAGCGGUCGUAUGCAUUUUCGCUUCCGAGAUCGUGUUGAAGAUUGUUGGCCUUGGGCUGCAAGACUUCGUCUGUGGGGCGGAGCGAUGGUGGAAUUUCUUUGACACCUUGAUUAUCGGUGCCUCACUGGUGGAGUCCUUCAUCGAGAUUUUUGCCCAAGCAUCACUUGGCACCCACAUGGUCCACAUCCGCUCCCUCCGAUUCGUUCGUGUGAUACGUGCACUCAGAGGCUUUCGGGUCAUCAGAUUCCUUCGGUAUGUAAGCGCUCUUCGCGGUUUGAUCUUCUCCAUCGUGAGCACCAUGGGAAGUCUCAUGUGGACUAUGGUCUUACUGGUCUUGCUUUUUUACAGCUUCGGCGUGAUCUUUACACAAAUUGUGUCCGAUCACUGCCGGCUGGAGACUAUCAGUGCGACUGGAGAUGCAAACGCAGUGCCUUAUUGUACGGACGAUGAUGCUCGCAAGCAUUUUCCAACUGUUGCUCGAACGAUGCUCUCGCUUUUCAUGGUGAUUUCCUCGGGUGCUAAUUGGCACGAACUCUUGGAGCCUUUGCAGCGGAUCUCGUGGUUUGCUGUGGGUUUCUUGAUCUUUUACAUCGUAAUUACUGUGUUCGCAGUAUUGAAUGUUGUAACUGGUGUGUUUUGCCACACCGCUAUUGAGUCUGCACAAGCGGACAAGGAGAUUGCCGUCAUGGUGCAAAUGGAAAAAGAAGCGGCUCAUGUACGUGGAUUGAAGUCCAUGUUCAACGAGAUGGAUGCUGACGGCUCUAACAUGGUGAGCGUGAAUGAGCUGAAGGCUGCAUUGAAUACGAUGAAGCUGGCGAGCUUUCUAGAAUCCAUGGAAAUCUCGACAAAGGAC